UAUCAAUGCUUAUGCUUCUCAUCAAAACAACAUUACUCUUCCUAACUAAGUAGUACGUAGUAGUGUAACUGGUAAUUAUCAAUUAAUGCUGCUUUUAAUUCUUUCUCUAUCUUUUCCUACAAUAUUAGUAGUUGAUACUACUAAUAUAUUAUAUUAAUAUUAUUAUUAUUUCAAUUAUUAUUACUGUCUAAUGAUGAUUCAACUUUGUCUUUCUCGCUAGAAAAAGAAACAGUUUCUUUUUGGUUACCAAACAUAAGAAGAGGUAAAGAACACAAGACAUUGUUCAAUCCUAAAAUUCAGAUCUUGUGUCUUCACAAACAUUUCAUAGUUCAAGCUGGUUUGGUUUCUCAAACAUUUGUUGAAGAACUUCGCUUUGAAUUUUGACUUUGUUUGACUUGACAGUGACAUAUAUUCAUGCAAUAGAACUAUAGUUUGAUUAGUCUCCAAUUUUGAAUUCAAAAACAUGGUCUUAGUUUAUUGUUUGUAUUUGAUUUUAUGUUUAUUCUAUAUUAGUCUAUAGUCUAUUGGGGUUGGUGGAAUUAAUUAGUAUUCUUUUCUUUUAGUGUCAUUGGUUGUUAGUUUAGUUGACUCAUUUUUCAUGCUAAGUCCAUGUUUUGACAUGUAGCUUUUAAUAUUAUACUAGAUUUUGCAUAAUUGGUGAGAGAGAUAUUUGGUUUUUUGAUUUGGAAUUGACAAUUUCAAGGUGUUGAGAAAGUAGUAGUUGGGAGAUGGAUUAAAAGUUAGAAACUGUGAUUUUUCAUGUGGAAGGUUUGUAUCUAUUCUAAGUAUAAGAUAUGCUGAGUUCUGAUGAUGAUGGAGAUAUUGAUGUAUUCUAUGACUCAUUGGAUAGUUUAUCAGGUCAAGAUUCUGUUUUAGCCGAAUUAGAGGUUGGUUUUGAAAGGCGUCGUUGUGAUGAUUAUGAUAAAAUUUGGUUGAAUGAGCUUGUUAGCGUGAAGGAAAGAAGGGAACGUUUUCUGAAGGGUAUGUGUUUAGUUGAUAAUUUUUCGAAGAUUUGUUUACAAGAGAGAAUUAUGAGCUUUGAUGAUUCAUCGAUCACCUCGGGGAUGGAGAGGAUCGCGGAGUGUAGUGGAGCAGUCUCAAAUGCAUGCAUUUCUCCUUCUGAUGAAUUAUCAGAGAAGGUUGAUUUCUCUGGAUGGAAUGCAGCUUCCGAAGCUGAGGUCUUGUUUAAAGAAAUUAAAGGGCGUCGCGAGGAUGAAGUGGAUGCAAGUUUUCAAGAGUACAGCCAGAGAGAAGGUGAGGCACAGGAAGAAUUUCGGCAUUUCGAUAAGGUUAAAGCUAAUAGAAAAAAUUGGUGGAAGCUCUUUGUAAACAUAAGGAAAAACGACGAAGGAAAAGUUAAAUCAAAGUUGAAUACAACGGCAAGUAAAACUCGUAGAAUAAAAGUAAGACAGAAUAAAAAGAGGUGGCUUGAGUUCAGUGAGCUAUACAUUGGACAAGAGAUUAAAGCUCACAAAGGAUUAAUCUGGACUAUGAAAUUCAGUCCUAAUGGUAAGUAUUUAGCUAGUGGAGGUGAAGAUGGUGUUGUGCGCAUAUGGCGCAUUAUGUCACGUGACAAAAGCCCGUCUUUUAUUUUCAUUCAAAAUGAUGUUUUUCAAAUUGAUGAAUCGCCGCUGCAAGAAUUGUUUGGUCAUUCCAGUGAUAUCUUGGAUUUGGCUUGGUCUAAUUCAGAUAUUCUUCUCUCGUCUUCUAUGGAUAAAACCGUCUGCUGUUGGAAAAUCGGCUGUGAUCAAUGUCUAAGUGUUUUCCCUCACAAAGACUUUGUUACGUGCAUUCAAUUCAACCCUGUUGAUGAAAAUUACUUCAUCAGUGGAUCGAUAGAUGGUAAAGUUCGAAUAUGGGGGAUACGUGAAGAGAGGGUUAUUGACUGGGCAGAUAUACGAGAUGUCAUAAGUGCUAUAAGUUACCAACAAGACGGGAAAGGAUUUGUAGUUGGUUCUGUUACAGGCACGUGCCGUUUUUAUGUUGCUUCAGGAAAAUAUUUCAAGUUUGAGGCACAGAUAGGUAUCUGCGGAAAGAAGAAAGCGUCAGGCAAUAAGAUUACCGGCAUUCAGUUCUUUCAAAACAACAGGCAGAGAAUUAUGGUCACAUCAGAAGAUUCCAAAAUUCACAUAUUGGAUGGAAUUGAGAUUGUUCAGAAAUACAAAGGCCUUCCGCGAUCGGGAAGUCAGAUGUCUGGUUCAUUUACAUCAAGUGGGAAACAUAUAAUUUCAGUUGGAGGGGACUCGCGCGUGUAUAUAUGGAACUUCAAUGACUCCAAAAGUGCUUCUUCGAAAAAAACAAAAUCCGAGCAUUCUUGUGAGUAUUUUUCUUUCAAGGGUGUAACGGUUGCAAUACCUUGGUCAGGCGCGAAAGCAGAAGAUAAAAGUGACUAUAGAAAUAACUUUUCUCACCAUUCUUCAGAAAUGAAAACCAAGCUAGAGUUUAGUUCUGAGGUUAAAGAUACAGAACAACGUUUUUCUCUCGGUAAUUGGUUCUUCAUCGAUGGUACAUGUCGUGGUUCUAUGACAUGGCCCGAGGAGAAACUUCCAACAUGGGAUUUACCUCUUGUAAAAGAUGAAUAUGAUCGCAAAAAAUUAUAUCGCGAAGAUAGUAGCCAUGACAGGAAUAAUAUAUCAGAAACAUGGGGUCUAACAAUAGUGGCUGCUGGUAGUGAUGGAACUAUCAAAACAUUCCACAAUUUUGGUUUGCCUGUUAGGCUUUAGGACAAUGUCAUGUUAAUUGUUUUCAAUUGGUAAAGGUCUAAAUUUCACAGUGGUGGCCUUGGAUUCUAAGUAUAAUAACUUGCAUAGAAUUAUACAGCAGGCAGGUACAUAUUGAAAAGUGCUAUUGAAGUUUUGAUUAAAAUUGUGAUUGUAUUAGUUUAUGUAUGGAGUUUCUGUUACCAAUUAAUUAAGCACAACCAUUCUUGAGGCCUAAAGCGAACUCUAAAAAUAUGACUUUCUUAGCUGGAAAAUCGUGUAUUAAAUUAUCAUAAUAAAUU